UGCAGCUGAUGCGUCGCAGACGAACGGCCGACGUCAUGUGCUGGGCGUGGCCAGCUGCACCGGCCAGGAAACGACUAAAAACUAAAGAGCGCAGAUUCACACUCGCCAGGACCGCGAGGGGAUACCGAGAAGCACAACUACAGAGAGGUAGUGAUCUGAAGUGUACAGGGGUCCAGUGUGUUCUGACGAUGAGUGACGGGGAAGGGUAUGUGGCCCGUGUGCGUGGCCUGCCGUGGUCCUGCUCGGUGGAUGAAGUCCAGAGGUUCUUCUCUGACUGUAAAAUCGCCAACGGCGCCUCGGGCAUCCAUUUCACAUACACGCGGGAGGGCAGGCCCAGCGGGGAGGCCUUCGUGGAGCUGGAGUCUGAGGAUGACCUGAAGAUCGCCACCAAGAAGGACCGAGAAACCAUGGGCCACAGAUAUGUGGAAGUGUUCAAGUCGAACAGUGUGGAGAUGGACUGGGUCCUGAAGCACACAGGGCCCAACUGCCCUGAGACCGGGGGAGACGGGCUGGUGCGCAUGCGGGGCCUCCCCUUCGGCUGCAGCAAGGAGGAGAUCGUGCAGUUCUUCUCCGGGUUGGAAAUCGUGCCAAAUGGGAUAACAUUGCCGGUGGACUUCCAGGGGCGGAGUUCGGGGGAGGCCUUCGUGCAGUUUGCGUCUCAGGAUAUAGCCGAAAAGGCUCUAAAGAAACACAAGGAAAGGAUAGGGCACAGGUACAUAGAGAUAUUCCAGAGCAGCCGGGCGGAGGUGCGGACGCACUACGAGCCGCAGCGCAAGACGGUGGGGAUGCAGCGGCCGGGGCCGUACGACCGGCCCAGUGGGGGGCGGGGCUACAGCGCCAUGCCGCGCGGCGGCUCGUACGACCGCGUGCGCCGCGGCGGAUACGAUGGGCGCUAUGGCGACGGUAGCUCCUCCUUCCAGAGCAUCACGGGUCACUGUGUGCACAUGAGGGGGCUUCCGUACCGAGCGACCGAGACCGACAUCUACAACUUCUUCUCCCCGCUGAACCCGGUGCGUGUGCACAUCGAGGUGGGCCCGGACGGACGCGUCACCGGGGAGGCCGACGUGGAGUUCGCCACGCAUGAGGACGCGGUCGCAGCCAUGUCCAAGGACAAGGCCAACAUGCAGCACCGCUAUGUGGAGCUGUUCCUGAACUCCACAGCAGGGGGCAGCAACGGGGCGUAUGGCAGCCAGAUGAUCGGGGCCAUGGCCAACCAAUCGGCGUACGGACCCAGCAGCCAGCAGGCCAGCGGGAUGGGGGGCUACAGCGACUACAGUAAUCAGAGUGGGAUGAGCAGCAGUUACUAUGGCAGCAGUGGGCGGGGCUCCAUGGGGAUGAACGGCUUGGGUAUGGGGGAGGGGUGGGGCAUGUAG